GUGCCAAGAGAAAUUAAAUGCGGCGACGCCAAUCCCAAAUUCUUCAACUUUUUACAACGUCAACAUGAGAGAGAUACCAAAAUAGCUAUCUCUAGCUAUUUUAUACACCAAUUCUUACUCUAGUUGGUGAUACAAAUAAUUGUUUUAAUCUUUAAUAUCUAAAUUACUUCGACAUUCAUAUCCUGGAAUUUAUGAGUUUAUAUUGCGAGGGAGGACAGUGAGAUGGACGGUAAUCGGUCGCAUGUCCCCUCACGAUCAAAUGCGGAACGACACACAGCACCCGAAGAUGGCGCCCAAUCUGUGUCCGGCCAAACCAUAGCACAGCAGGAGGCCGCCCAUUCAAGGCAACAGCAUAAUACUUCAGAGCCAUCUUCACCCGAUUACGACGCGCCAGAGUCGUACAAAAACAUUCAUGACGUGGACGAAGAUGCAGAUCGACUAGAUCCAGCAGGUCCAGUCGAUUUCGAGGAACAGAAGCGUCUGCAGGCGCGGGCACAACGGAGGCGUUCGUCUGUGUCUCAAACCAGUUACAAUAUCCCGGACUCCUAUGCAAAUGUCCCCGAGCUAGAGGAAAUUGCUCCUAUCCCAAGCCGAGAUGAGCGUCGGUGGCGUCCAAGCCCCUCGCUCGAAGAGGAAAGAGCUCUUGAGCGGACAUAUUCCACUCACCAAGAAGCUCAAAGACGGAGUGGGGGUCAACAAGAAGAAACCGAAAAGCCAACAGUCGAAGAGGUUUCGAGGUUAGCAACUGAGAUCUACACCAUAUCUUAUCUCAUACUGUUCGCACUGCUUGGUACUCUCGCGCGGCUCGGACUACAGGCUCUAACAUUUUAUGCCGGUGCCCCUGUCUCUUUCAGCUCCGUGUGGCCCAAUUUUGCCGGUAGUCUGGUCUUGGGUUUCUUGGCGGAAGACCGCAUGCUAUUCCGCUUUGAAUGGGGCACUCCGACGUAUGAAUUACAACUCCUUAGGGCAAAGCAAAAUGGCUUGGAUGAGGAAACAGGAGGGUCCGGCUCUAACUCCGAUAUUGACCUAGCUGCUGCGAAGAAAGCCCACAUGGCCACCAAGAAAACCAUACCGCUUUACAUUGGUCUUGCAACGGGGUUUUGCGGUUCCUUCACAUCUUUCUCGUCGUUUAUACGCGACAUCUUCCUAGCCCUGUCUAACGACUUGCUAGCACCAGAUGCAGGCUCGAUCACUACCCCACGAAAUGGGGGCUACUCAUUCAUGGCCCUUAUCGCCGUAAUACUGACCACCGUCUCUUUGUCUAUUGCCGGUCUCCUCGUCGGAGCUCAACUCGCAUUAGCUCUAGAGCCAAUCACACCUUCACUCCCCUUCCUCUUCACACGCAAAUUUCUCGAUCGGUUUGCUGUCUUCCUCGCCUGGGGAUCGUGGAUCGGAGCUAUCCUCUUGUCGAUCCUCCCACCAGACCGGUUUAGUAACCCCGGAGCGGCGGAGAUUUGGCGCGGCCGUGCGACUUUCUCCUUGGUCUUUGCGCCACUAGGUUGCUUGGGCCGCUUCUACGCGUCGCUCUACCUUAAUGGUUAUCUUCCCUCAUUCCCAUUAGGUACUUUCGCCGUCAAUGUCUUCGGUACUGCGAUCCUAGGAAUGGGCUGGGACCUUGCGCAUGUUCCGCUUGGUGGUGUCAUUGGUUGCCAAGUCCUUCAGGGGAUUGAAGACGGCUUUUGUGGCUGUCUGACUACCGUGUCUACUUGGGUUGCUGAGCUGACUGCUCUGAGGAGGCGGCAUGGCUACAUAUAUGGCUGUACAAGCGUUGUCACGGCGUUAGCCAUUAUGGUAGCUAUUAUGGGUGGUCUUAGAUGGUCCGAUGAGUUCAGCGCGUUGACUUGUAAGCAUUAAGUGCGUCCAUAUGGGCUCGGGUCUCUGUUUAUUAUACGUGCAUGUUUAAAGCGAGCGAGUCAAAAUGAGCGGCCAUGGUCUUCGCAAAAGAGCUGCGAGCUGGGCUGGGCAUAGUCGAUAUAUCUAGACUGUGGUGCUAUCUCAAAACUUCUAUAUAUUGGAAAUCACUAUUAUUUAAUCUACGCUUAAUAUAGAGGAGUACGUCCUCGUUUCAAUUACGAGGUCGCAAUAUUUCCAGUCUUCUUAUUCAGCUACACGACAGAUUGCUCGACCGUCAGAAGCCCGAGCCCUAAGGGCCUUUAAUAUAUAAUGCUUUUAGCGCUUCGGCGUGGAAAGUUUAGGUGCAUGUAUGUAUGUACCUAGGACGCUAUGUAUCCCUUCUAUCAGUUCCAUUAAUGGAUGGAUUGGCACCCCGGGAAGCCACAUAAGCCACCACACUGUCAAUUUACACUGGGUUUUUAGCGGUUGGGUGGUCUAUCCGAUGCUUAAAGAUAGAAGCCAUUCCCCUGUCUUACCUCCCGUAUACAGUAUAUCUACUAAAC